GUACCGUGCUUUGAAGGGCUAUUCCCUGCUCCUCAUGACAAAACCAUACAGGAACUUCUCUAUGUGAUGUGCUAUUGGCACGCACUUGCCAAACUGCAUCUCCAUACUGAGUCAACUCUCCAGAUCAUGGGUGGUGUUACAGUCUUUCUUGGACAGUGUUUACAUUACUUUGCCAAUGAUCCAUGCAAUGAUCCAUGCAUGCAGACUCUUAAAGCAGACUGGGAAUAA